AUGUCAAGACUAUCGAUUUUGAGCCCACGGCGUAGGAGACAAGUGGUUGCGGCAAUUAGCUCUUUCAUCAACCUUUUAAUAAUUUAUGUAAGCCUAGGACAGGAACUAACCCAGCUUAUUCAAGCAAGAAAUGCAAACCGUAGACUUGCUAGGCAACCAAUGGAUAGCUACACAGUGAGGCAUUACGAUAGGCAAAGACAUCUAGAUCGUAGGAUAAGAAGGUGUGAUACUAUAUGUUUUUCCCUGGUUAGAAUGGAUCGAGCGUUGUUCAAUAGGUUCUGUGAGGUUCUUGCUGUUAAUGGACGGUUGAGAAGAACUAGAGAUGUAAACAUAGAUGAAAUGGUCUACACGUUUCUGUGCACAAUUUCACACAACGAGAAGAACAGGACAUUGGCAGUGAACUUACUACGAUCUGGGGAGACCAUAUCGAGAUCAUUUCAUCGGGUUUUGAGGGCUGUCAUUAGACUCAAUAGUCUCUUGAUGAAGAAGCCUAUUCCCAUCGCUGACAACAGCAACGACUAUAGGUGGAAACACUUUAAGAAUUGUCUUGGUGCUUUAGAUGGAACACAUGUGGACGUGCGUCCUAGAAGAGAGGACCAAACUAGGUUCAGGGAUAGGACGAACCAUCUUUCUAUGAAUGUGCUUGGCGUAUGCACUCCUGAUUUGGAGUUCAUAUAUUGCUUGUCGGGUUGGGAAGGUUCAGCCCAUGAUGCAAGGGUUCUUCAAGAUGCCCUUACUAGGCCUAAUGGCCUUAGUGUGCCUGAAGAUUGUCUAUUUCAUGAAGGGUGUUACUAUUUGUGUGAUGGUGGCUAUGGGAAUAGUACUGGCUUCUUAACCCCUUAUCGUGGGCAGAAAUACCAUCUUAAAGAGUGGGGACCAAGACGACCAUCUAUAGCUGAAGAGUAUUAUAAUAUGAAGCAUGCGUCGGCUAGGAAUGUGAUAGAGCGGAUUUUUGGUAUUUUAAAAAUGCGGUGGGCUAUUCUUAGGGAUUCUAGCUGGUUCUCCCCUAGUGAUAUGGCUCGUAUUGUUGUUGCUUGCACCAUAAUCCACAAUUUCAUUAAGAAGGAACGUGGGGCUGACAGAUUUGAAAGGGAAUUUGUUGUUGUUGUUUUUGGAUGUAAAGUGCAGCAGCAUGUAUUAAUGACAAUGAUGGAAUUUGUAGCUCCAAGUUAG